AUGAAUCCAUCAUGUCAAUUUUUUGUUCCUAUUGUAGUACGUCCAUCUGCUAAUUAUUCGUUUUCAGCUUCUACUGGUAAUUCUCCUUCUGAACAUCUUAUUGAUGAAGAAAGUCUUCCAGUUCCUCCUCGUUCAACACAGCCAGUACCAUUUGAUUCAGUUAAUUCAUGUUAUUAUGAUAAUUGUAUAUUUGAAAGUAAUGAAAGUGAAGAAGAAUGUCUUGAUGAUAGUUUAUUUGAUUCAGUUUUUUAA